UGCAGUAAUUAAUAGGUUUGUGUGGGGCAGAAGGGAUGUGGAGUUGAGGGACCUCUCUAGAAAUGGUACCGCGUGCACUAGGUCCAGGCUUGCGGUGGUACUGCUGUCCUGAAGAGACGUGGUGCGCCUGUGCUUUCUAGUAAUCAGUUAGAAGGAAGUUGUGGUCGGGAAAAAUCUUAUGGUUUUCAUUUCAUCCCUGCUGUAAGGCUGGCAAGAGAUCCUUUGGGUUGUCUUGCCUUAAAUAUCCCAUGAACCUUUAAACUUGCUUUCUUCUAAUUGUAAUUCCUAACUAUCCUAAUCUGAUCUUCUCUCUGUCUGAAAUUCUGUUUCUGUCUUUUAAAUGACAUCCUUCUGUCCUAGCCUUGCUGUGCUCCUGGUCUUCCUUCCUUGAAUCUGGUUGUGAGUUGCAAUGUCUUCUGUCUUUCUAGUGGAAAUGAGAAAGAAGGUCCUAACACCAACCCUGACAGUUGCUCCCUUAUUAAUCGCUUUUCUAUGGUUCAUUUUCAAAGGCUUUUUUUUUUUCCUCAUGGCCCUUCCUCCACCAGCACCAUCUCCCUGACCUCCUUGUUCCCUCUUUCUAGUCUUUGCACAUAUGAAAGAGCACAAGCCUUUUUAUCUCCCCUUCACGUGCCUUGGUGAGCAACAGCCUUGCUCCUACUGUCCCUAUUAUCUGCAGUGGCCUCCUGCUGCUCUCUGCCUCCUUGACUUCCUGAUUUUCACAACUAAUCCUCUCCUUUGGCAGCAAAUACCUAAGUUCUCUCUGAAGAAGCUUAUUCCUUCGGUCUCCUGUUUCACCUGCUGUUUUGCCCUCCUCCUUUGGCCUGCAGCUAGAUCUACAGGAGCUUUAAAGCCAAAACAGAGUAGACCUUGACUGGCUUCCCUCGUGCGGGCUGCAAGCCGCUCGUGUGCUGCAAAGUAGGUGGAGUUGCUCAGGGAGUAGAGGUACCACUGAAGGAGAAGCAUGGUGCCAAACUUAGACUGCAUUUAGCACGCGUGACUCGUUUGGCACCCGUAACUGUGGAUCGCGGCCAUGCUGUUGAGCUGUCGGUCUGUUCAGCUUGCACUGAUCACGUGCUGAGUCAGAAGAUGCUCUGGUGCUCUGUGACCAGCCAGAGCUGAGGCACUAGCAACGUGUGUUUCUUCUAGAAGACAUGUGGACACGUGUCCACAUGCAAACAUACGCGCUGGGGGACAAUGGUACCUCUCCCAAGGCUGUCGUUGCGUGUUCUUCCAAGGGUUGCUGCUGGACUAUGCCAUUCUGGUUUCUCUCUUCCAGCUGUUUCUGCUCCCUUCUUUGAGAUCAGAUGCAGGAGACUCAGAACAGUUGGAAAGAAACACGGAAUCUGGCACAUUGCAUCAGUAGCCCUUGGAGGAACGGAGCAGCAGAUCACAGGACUCAUUGAAUCAAAGAUCACGAACACAGUCACAAAAAGAACAAGCGGAAACACUGGAGAAGACAGUGGGCAGAAAGCAGCUUGUUAUCUGACAUGGAGAUGUUGAAACACAGCCUGGAAGUGAAUUCAUUUUCUGCAGAUAGCAACAAGACGGGGAACAUGAGUGAAAAGAAGAGCCACAGAAGAACAAAGCGGUUUCUCUCCUACCCUCGGUUUGUAGAGGUGAUGGUGGUGGCUGACAGCAGGAUGGUCGCCUACCAUGGAGCUAAUCUACAGCACUAUGUCUUAACGUUGAUGUCAAUAGUGGCUUCUAUCUACAAAGACCCAAGCAUUGGAAAUUUAAUUAAUAUUGUUAUUGUGAAAUUGGUCGUGAUACAUAAUGAACAGGAUGGUCCUGCAAUAUCUUACAAUGCCCAGACAACAUUAAAAAACUUUUGCCAGUGGCAGCAAUCCCAGAACCACCCUGAAGGAAGUCACCUUCAACACGAUACAGCCGUGCUUGUUACCAGACAGGAUAUUUGUAGAGCGCACGACAAAUGUGAUACUCUGGGUCUGGCAGAGCUGGGCACAGUCUGUGACCCAUACAGGAGCUGUUCCAUUAGUGAAGAUAACGGACUGAGCACUGCUUUCACAAUAGCACAUGAACUUGGCCAUGUGUUUAACAUGCCACACGACGACAAUCAUAAAUGCAAAGAAGACGGAGGUAAAAAUCAACAGCACGUCAUGGCGCCAACACUGAACUUCUACACCAAUCCCUGGAUGUGGUCAAAAUGCAGUAGGAAAUACAUCACUGAAUUUCUGGACACUGGUUAUGGAGAGUGUUUGCUAGAUGAACCUUCAUCAAGAACUUACACGUUGCCUCAGCAGCUCCCAGGGCUGAUUUAUGAUGUCAACAAACAAUGUGAGCUAAUUUUUGGACCUGGAUCUCAAGUGUGCCCGUAUAUGCAGAUGCAGUGUCGGCGACUUUGGUGUAUUAACAUUGAUGGCGCGCACAAGGGAUGUCGUACUCAACACACACCUUGGGCUGAUGGGACAGAAUGUGAGCCUGGAAAGCACUGCCGGUUUGGGAUGUGCGUGCCCAAAGAGCGAGAGGCGCCAGUGAUAGACGGAGCCUGGGGGACCUGGAGCCCUUUCGGGAGCUGCUCGAGAACCUGCGGCGGCGGCAUAAAGACGGCGAUACGAGAGUGCAACAGGCCCGAGCCUAAAAACGGUGGGAAAUACUGCGUGGGUCGUCGCAUGAAGUUUAAAUCCUGCAACACCGAACCCUGCUCGAAGCUGAAGAAGGAUUUCCGUGACGAGCAGUGUGCCGACUUCGACGGGAAGCACUUUAACAUCAACGGGCUGCCCACGAACGUGCGCUGGGUUCCCAAAUACAGCGGCAUCCUGAUGAAGGAUCGCUGCAAGUUGUUCUGCCGGGUGGCAGGAAAUACGGCGUAUUACCAGCUGCGGGACCGUGUCAUCGACGGGACGCCCUGCGGCCCCGACACGAACGACAUCUGCGUGCAGGGCCUUUGCCGGCAAGCUGGAUGCGAUCAUGUGCUGAAUUCAAAAGCAAGAAGAGAUAAAUGUGGUGUUUGUGGUGGGGAUAAUUCUUCAUGCAAAACUAUUGCAGGCACAUUUAACACGGUGCAUUAUGGCUAUAACGUUGUGGUCCGCAUCCCAGCUGGUGCAACUAACAUUGACGUGCGUCAGCACAGUUACUCAGGGAAACCAGAGGAUGACAACUACCUGGCCUUAUCUAACAGUCAAGGAGACUUUAUAUUAAAUGGAGACUUUGUCGUCAGUAUGUUUAAAAGGGAAAUCAAAGUUGGGAAUGCUGUGAUCGAAUACAGCGGAUCGGAUAAUACUAUUGAAAGGAUUAAUUCUACAGAUCGGAUUGAGCAAGAAAUAACGCUUCAGGUUUUAUCAGUGGGCAAUUUGUACAAUCCCGACGUCCGUUACACGUUUAAUAUCCCCAUUGAGGACAAACCUCAGCAGUUUUACUGGAAUGCGUAUGGCCCAUGGCAGCCCUGCAGCAAGCUCUGCCAAGGAGAACGAAAGAGGAAACCGGUGUGUACGAGGGAGUCGGAUCAGCUCACGGUGUCGGACCAGCGAUGUGAUCGAAUUCCCCAGCCUGACCCCAUCACUGAGCCUUGUAGCACAGAAUGCGAAUUAAGGUGGCACAUUGCAAGGAAGAGCGAAUGCACGGCCCAGUGCGGGCUGGGAUACCGCACCCUGGAGAUCUACUGCUCCAAGUACAGCAGGCUGGAGGGCAAGAUAGAGAAGGUGGACGACCGCUUCUGCAGCAGCCAGCCCAAGCCGAGCACGAGGGAGAAGUGCACCGGAGACUGUAACGUGGGAGGGUGGCGGUACUCGGCCUGGACCGAGUGCUCCAAGAGCUGCGGCGGGGGCACGCGGCGGCGGCGAGCCAUGUGCGUGAACACCUACAACGACGUCCUGGACGACAGCAAGUGCAGUCAGCAGGAGAAGCUGACGGUGCAGCGAUGCAGCGACUUCUUGUGCCCCCAGUGGAAAACUGGCGACUGGUCCGAGUGCCUGGUCACCUGUGGGAAAGGGCACAAACACCGCCAGACCUGGUGCCAGUUUGGAGAAGAUCGGUUAAACGACAGGUUUUGCGAUCCCGAGACGAAGCCGGAGUCGGUGCAGACGUGUCAGCAGCAGGAAUGUGCUUCGUGGCAAGUGGGGCCAUGGGGCCAGUGCACGAUGACCUGUGGCCAAGGCUACCAGAUGAGAGCUGUGAAGUGUGUCGUGGGCACCUACGUGUCAGUGGUGGAUGAUAAUGAGUGUAAUGCCGCAACCAGGCCAACAGAUACCCAGGACUGUGAAAUAGCAGCAUGUCCUCCCCAUCCAAAUAGUCCCGAAGCCAAGAGAUCCACAUCAGGCAUUCACAGGACGCAGUGGAGAUUUGGAUCCUGGACACCGUGCUCCGCAACGUGCGGGAAGGGUACCCGGAUGAGAUACGUCAGCUGUCGGGAUGACCAGGGCUCAGUGGCUGACGAGUCAGCUUGUUUCCACCUCCCGAAGCCAUCAGCCACGGAAAUGUGCACCGUGACGCCGUGCGGGCAGUGGAAGGCCUUGGAGUGGAGCUCUUGCUCGGUGACUUGUGGUCAAGGUAAGGCAACGCGACAAGUGAUCUGCAUCAAUUACAGUGACCAGCUGGUGGAUAGGAGUGAGUGCGAUCCAGACGACCUCCCUGCCACCGAGCAAGACUGCUCCAUGUCUCCUUGUCAUCCAAACAGCCAUGACUACGGCAGGCCCAUCCACCCUUUCCUCUAUCCGGAUCAUCGCCUGAAACUGCACCCCGGAGGCAGCCCGAACCGAAACCGUGCGCAUAUACCGGGAGGCAAUCAGUGGAGGAUUGGCCCCUGGGGUGCUUGCUCCAGCACGUGUGCGGGGGGGUUCCAGCGGCGGGUUGUGGUGUGCCAGGAUGAAAACGGAUACACCGCAAAUAACUGCGAUGAGAAAAGCAAACCCAUGGAGCAGAGAUCGUGCGAAUCUGGCCCCUGUCCUCAGUGGGCUUAUGGCAACUGGGGAGAGUGCACGAAGCCAUGCGGGGCAGGGACAAGAACACGGCUGGUGGUGUGCCAGCGCCCUAACGGAGAAAGGUUUACGGAUCUGAGCUGUGAAAUCCUUGACAAGCCGCCGGACAGAGAGCAGUGCAAUGUGCAGGACUGUCCUAGAGAUGCUGCCUGGAGCGCUGGCCCUUGGAGCUCGUGUUCUGUCUCCUGUGGAAGGGGCCAAAAGCACCGCAAUGUGUACUGUUUGUCAAAGGAAGGGAGGCAUAUAGAAGAAGAUUAUUGCAAGCACCUUGCUAAGCCCAAUGUGCAAAAGAAAUGCAGAGGGGGCAGAUGUCCGAAGUGGAAAGCAGGAGAUUGGGGACAGUGUUCGGUGUCCUGCGGCCGGGGCGUCCAGCGCCGCGCCGUGCACUGCUACGGCGGCACCCCGAAGGCAGCCGAGGAGGCAGAGUGUGACCCGGCCAGCCGUCCCCCUCCGCAGCGGGACUGCCACCUCCCCGAGUGCCCCACGCACCGCUGGGCAGCCGGCGAAUGGCAAGCGUGCAUCAAGACGUGUGGGGAGGCGUCUCGGUACCGCAAGGUGGUCUGCGUGGAUGAGAACAAGCAGGUGCAGAACAGCGGCUACUGCGACGCCAGCAAACGUCCCCCCGAAAUCGAGAGCUGCGGGCUGCCGCCCUGCGAGUACGUCUGGAUCACCGGGGAGUGGUCGGAGUGCUCCGUCACGUGUGGGAAGGGAUACAGGCAGCGCCUGGUGUCCUGCAGCGAGAUUUACACCGGGAAGGACCACUACGAGUACGGGUACCAGAACACGGUCAACUGUCCUGGCACGCAGCCGCCCAACAUCCAGCCCUGCUACCUCGGGGAGUGCCCCGUCUCGGCGUCCUGGCGCGUCGGCAACUGGGGAAGCUGCUCCGUCACCUGUGGAGUUGGAGUCAUGCACCGGUCGGUGCAGUGUUUGACGAACAAUGACCAGGUCAGCAGCUUGUGCCAUGCGGAUCUGAAGCCCGAAGAGAGGAGGGCAUGCCACAACGUCCAUGACUGCGAGUUACCGAGGAGUUGCAAAGACGUUAAAAAUCUCAAAGGUGUCGCUGAAGAUGGCGAAUAUUUCCUUCAAGUCAAAGGAAAGACGUUAAAGGUGUAUUGCUCUGGGAUGCAGACUGACAGCCCAAAGGAGUAUGUGACCCUUGUAAAUGGGGAUGCAGAGAAUUUUUCGGAAGUGUAUGGAUACAGAUUGCAUAACCCGACUGAAUGUCCGUAUAACGGGAGCAGACGAGAAGACUGCCAGUGUAGGAAAGAUUACACAGCAGCUGGGUUUUCCACCUUCAGCAAAGUAAGGCUGGACCUGAACACUAUGCAAAUAAUAACGACCGAUUUACAGUUCGCACGGACGCAUGAUGGACGACCUGUUCCUUUUGCCACUGCUGGGGACUGCUACAGUGCAGCCAAAUGCCCACAGGGUCGCUUCAGCAUAGACCUUUAUGGGACAGGCCUGUCCUUAACGGGAACGGCAAAGUGGCUCUCGCAAGGGAAUUACGCAGUGUCGGAAAUUCAAAAAUCCCCAGAUGGUACCAAAGUAGUAGGAAAAUGCGGCGGUUACUGUGGGAAGUGUACUCCAUCGUCUGGAACGGGCCUCGAUGUUCAGGUGUUAUAGUGAUGGUGAGUUCCCAGCUGCUUCUGCACGAAGGGAAAUCUUCCCAAAAAACGUCCUGAAGGAGCAGAUCAGGCCACGCUUGCAAAAGCACUUGUGCGUUGAGUGCGUUGGUGACAGCCACCCACCCCACACGGCGUCCGGGGAGCGAUGGCAUCCCGGGCUCCCAGUCCUCACUUCCCCCAGUAACACCAGUAACCCAGUAUAACACUGUCAACUGGAAACACACUCCCCACACGCUUUGGCUCCUCUCUUGUGCCGAUCUCUCUGGUUACAGGCUUCAGAGGCCAAGACGAUGAUCUGACUCUA